CUCUUAUUUUGAAACGGACCGGAUAUGGUUGAGUGCAGUCUGUAGAAGUGUUUAUAAACACGGCUGUCGGUCCGAGCCAAAGCAUGGCAGACCCGGCCCGUGUGAGGACCGAUGCGGGGUUCGGCGAGGCGAGCAGGCCCGCGGAGAGACCCAAGCCGGGCGAGGGGUUCAGGGACGCCCCGGGGAGCAGCAGCACCUCCUCUGAACCCGCGGCGGUCCAGACCGCUGCGAAAGAGGAGGGCAGAGCGAGGUCUGCUGCUGGUGAAGAAGAGGGAGAGGGCUCUUCAUCACUGCAUCCUCCUCCUGCCAAAAAACUGAAAGUGGAACAUGACAAGAAAAAGGAGAAGCGGCAAAAAGUUGAUGAAGAUGAAAUACAAAAGAUGCAAGUUUUAGUUUCAUCAUUCUCUGAAGAACAGCUGAACCGCUAUGAGAUGUACAGACGCUCGGCUUUCCCAAAGGCAGCUAUUAAAAGACUAGUUCAGUCCAUCACAGGAUCUUCUGUCUCUCAAAAUGUGGUCAUCGCUAUGUCAGGAAUAUCAAAGGUGUUUGCUGGCGAGAUUGUUGAGGAAGCUCUUGACGUGUGUGAGAAGUGGGGAGAUAUGCCACCUCUGCAGCCCAAACACAUGAGAGAAGCUGUCAGGAGACUGAAGAGCCGAGAGCAAACUCCCAACACCAAACACAAACACAUCCUCUUCCACUGAGUCCCUCCCAAUAAUUAUUAUUAUUUUUAUUAUUACAUUUCUGGUGUGUUUGGAAUGGACUGUUGUCGUCUUCGGU